AUGAAAAUUCUUCAGACCACGUUAAAAACUUCCUUGAAUGGAAACUGUUUGAAAAAAAAAUUAAAAAAUGGUGGAGCUAUUGAUGACUGCUUACAAAAUCAAAUAAAAUCGCAAGAAGCUAAAUGGAGACACAUUUUAAAAGCAAUAUUAAAUGCAAUAUUGUACUGUGCCAACAAUAAUUUACGAUUAAGGGGACAUUCAGACGUACCUGGGAGUCCAUCCGCAGGUCACUUUCUUAAUUUGUUAAGUUUGAUAAGUAAAUAUGAUCUAAUAUUAAAGGAACACAUUGAAUCACAUAAGAAAGGUUCUAUAAAUUACUUUUCUCAUCAAAUACAAGAUGAGUUUAUAGCUUUGUUGUCCAAAAAAGUUCGAAAUGAAAUUAUACAUCAAAUUAAAUCUGCUAAAUAUUAUACAAUAAUGUUUGAUUGCACACCAGAUGUAUCUAGAACAGAGCAAAUGGGUCAAGUUAUAAGAUAUGUUCGUGUCACUGGGAGUCAAGUAUUUGUAGAAGAAAGUUUCUUAGGCUUUAUAGAAUCUCAUGAAAAAACUGGUAAUGGUUUGACUACUGAAAUAUUACAUCAGAUAUCUCUAGAUGGUUUGGAUAUUCAAAAUUGUAGGGGCCAAGCAUAUGACAACGGAUCAAAUAUGGCAGGGAAGUACAAUGGGGUUCAAGCAAAAAUUUUAGAAAAAAAUCAAUUUGCAACAUUUAUACCUUGUACAGCACAUUGUUUGAAUUUAGCAGGUGUAAAUGCUGUAGGAUCAAAUAAACAAAUGCAGCUAUUGUUCGGUAAAAUUCAACAACUUUUUAAUUUUUUUUCUGGUUCUACCUUACGUUGGGAAGUAUUGAUGAAAUCAUUGAAAGUAACUCUUAAACCCUUUUCAGAUACUAGAUGGUCCUCUAAAGCGGCUGCGGUAAAGGCCCUUUAUAAACAAUUACCUGAUGUGAAAUGUGCUUUGAUUAAUAUUAUUGAAAAUGGAAAUCUUGAAUCAAAACCAAUUGCAAAAAAUUUACUUAAUUUAGUGGAUCAUGAAUUUAUUUGUCUAUUAACGGUUUGGAAUUCUAUACUAUCAAGUAUUGAUUGUGUAAAUGUAUUUCUUCAAAAAAAAACAAUUACAGUAUGUCAAGCAGCAAAAAUGAUUCAUGGAUUAAUAAUAGAAAUAACUGACUUAAGAAAUAAUAGAAUUCAAGUAUUAUUCCAAGAUGCUGAACAAAUAAGUGUAAAAAUGAGUAUUUCCCCUUCAUUUCCAGAAAAAAGGAAAAAAAAGAGCAAAAAGAAUGGAUUUUGA